AUGCGCCGCGUCCUUCGGCUGCUCCUCGGCUGCUUCCUCACCGAGCUGUGCGCCCGCGUGUGCCGGGCGCAGGAGCGAGCGGGGCACGGGCAGCUGGCGCAGCUGGGUGGCGUGCUGGUGCUGACGGGGGGCAACCGCUCCGGGGCCGCCUCCGGGGAGGCCGGAGAGGGCGCGGGUGUCUCGGACGCGCCCCCGACCCGGGCGCCCACGCCGGACUUCUGCCGGGGUUACUUCGAUGUCAUGGGCCAGUGGGACCCGCCGUUCAACUGCAGCUCGGGCGACUUCAUCUUCUGCUGCGGGACUUGUGGCUUCCGGUUCUGCUGCACGUUUAAGAAGCGGCGCCUGAACCAGAGCACCUGCACCAACUACGACACUCCGCUCUGGCUCAACACCGGCAAACCCCCGGCGCGCAAGGACGACCCCCUGCACGACCCCACCAAGGACAAGACGGCCCUUGCAGAUGUCAUGAGGCCGCAGGGCCACUGCAACACCGACCACAUGGAGAGAGACCUCAACAUCGUGGUCCACGUGCAGCAUUAUGAGAACAUGGAUACCAGAACCCCCAUAAAUAAUCUUCACUCUACCCAGAUGAACAACGCAGUGCCCACCUCCCCUUUGCUGCAGCAAAUGGGCCAUCCGCAUUCGUACCCCAGCCUGGGCCAGAUCUCCAACCCCUAUGAACAGCAGCCUCCUGGUAAAGAGCUCAACAAGUAUGCCUCCUUGAAGGCCGUCGGAAGUUCUGAUGGUGACUGGGCAGUGGCGACACUUAAGUCACCAAAAG